GAAUGUAAAGGCUUUAGUUUUGGAGAUACUUGCUCCAUCCUUAGUCACUGCUCACAAGAACAUACAGGACAAUUUGAUAACUUAUUUGGGCGAUGUCUGUGCCUCAAGGGAUGGAAAGGGGACCUUUGCAAGGAAGACGUUGAUGAAUGCCUGGGCACUAACAAUCAGUUGUGCCCUUUUAAUGCAGUUUGUGAUAACACUCAAGGUUCUUUCAGGUGUACAUGU